AUGGGCACUCUCCCUCCACAGCAUUUGGCAAGAUUAUCAGACGAUGAUUGUUGGUCUCUGUUCAAGCAGCGGGCGUUUGAGCAUGGAAGACAAGAACAUCCAAACCUUAUAAUGCUUGGAAAAGAAAUUGUGAAGAAGUGUGGGGGCGUCCCUUUGGCGGCGAAGGCGCUCGGAAGCUUGAUGCACUUCAAAACAGAGGAAAGAGAGUGGUUGUUUGUCAAAGAAAGUGACAUUUGGAAUCUACCCGAAGAAGAUAAUCACAUUUUACCUGCUCUGAGGUUGAGUUAUUAUCAUCUUCCACCACAUUUGAAGCAAUGCUUUGCAUACUGCUCAAUAUUUCCAAAAGAUCAUAUAAUCGAGAAGGAGAAGCUGAUCCGACUAUGGAUGGCAGAAGAUUUUAUUAAAUCAUCGGGCAGAAGUCAACAAAUAGAAGACGUCGGUGGAGAGUAUUUCAAUAAUCUAUUAUGGCGGUCCUUCUUUCAAGAUGUUCGGAAAAAUAAAGAUGGGAAUAUAGUAAUGUGCAAGAUGCAUGACCUCAUGCAUGAUCUUGCAUGCUCUGUUGCUGGGAAUGAAUGCUCGAUUGAGAAGGAAAAGAAUGUGGUACUGAGUAUCCCUAACAGAUCUCGUCGUUUGUUGUUGGAGUGCGGGUAUAAUAUAUGUGUCCUAAUAGACCCAGAGCCCUCAAGGAGAGCAAACCAUUUGCGAACGCUGCUUGUGCUUAGUAGUCUGCAUUUCAGCAUUCCUCAUAAUGUUUUGGUACAUUUUAUGUUCUUACGCGUGCUAGAUUUAAACAAUGUGAAUGUCACCACGGAGUUGUUGGAUUCAAUCAGCAGUUUGAAGCACUUGAGAUACCUCGAGCUGUGUAUAGGAAUACAAGCCCUUCCUGAAUCCAUUUGCACCCUUUACCAUUUGCAAACCUUGAGACUCUCAUAUUGUGAUUUUCUCAAAGAGUUACCCAGGAACAUGAGCAAAAUGACUAGCCUAAGACAUCUUGAAAUUGAUUUCUGUCAUCAAUUGACCCAUAUGCCAGCUAAUAUGGGAGAACUAAAGUUCCUUCAGACCUUGCCAAUAUUCAUAGUUGGUAAGGAUAGUGGAUGUGGUAUAAGAGAGUUGCAAGGUCUAAACCUUGGAGGAGAAUUGACUAUUCGAAACCUCCAGAAUGUGAUGUGUGCAGCAGAUGCCCAGGAAGCAAACUUGAAGGAUAAGCCGAACCUUCAUAAGUUACACUUUUCAUGGGGUCCGGAUAUUAAUCUUCAGUUGGAAGGAAAUGUCGAGCAAACCCUUGAAGGUCUCCGACCACAUCAAAAUCUCAAAAGGUUGACUGUGGAAGAGUACAUGGGUGUCAGAUUUCCGCGUUGGAUGUGUUCUUCAUCACUUCCAAAUCUGAUUGAAGUUUCAGUGAUUAAUUGCAGAAGAUGCGAACAACUCCCCCCGCUCGGCCACUUACCAUUCCUGAAGGUUCUUGUGAUACAAGGAAUGGAUGCCGUGAAAUCUAUUGGCAACCAUUUCUAUGGCGGCAAUGAUGUCACAGAGUCAUUCCCAUCACUGAAAGAACUCGCCAUCCAAGAUAUGCCUAAUUUAGAGGAGUGGUCAGGAUCCAAUGGAAGAGUACUCCCCUGCCUUAACCAAUUAUUUAUCCGGGGAUGUCCAAAGUUAACAACACUUCCAUGCCUGCCAUCUCUAAAAGAAUUGGAAUUGACGGAUGGUAAUGAGAUGUUGUUAGGUUCAGUGGCAAACCUUGCUGCUCUAGAGUCUCUGUCUAUUUGGGGCUGCAGUAUGUUGGUAUCUUUGCCAGAGGAGUUACAAAACCUCGCCUCUCUCCGUUCUCUGCGGAUUGAUGGGUGCAAUGGUCUAACGUCCUUGAGACUACAAGGCUUGAGCUCUCUUCAAUCUCUAUCCAUCGAGGGGUGUCAAAGUUUAACGAGUUUGACAGGGGGACUGCAACACCUCACUGCCUUGCAUUCCUUGAAAAUUAUUGAUUGUUAG